AUGGCAAAGAAGAAGCAAGAAUUAUUCAUCGAUAUAAACAAUGAAAAAGAAUUUAAUAACAUUCUAGAUCAUAAUUUGGAUAAUAUUGUAUGUGCGGAGGUAUUUUGUUCGUUUAGUGGUCCCUGCACGGCCCUUGAUCGUCUCUUCGUGCGAAUUAAAUUAGAUUGGAGCGACGGAAAAAUGGUGUUAUUAAGGGUACUGGCCGACGAAAUAGAAUCGCUAACUAGGUUUCAAAAUCAAAGCGAACCCAUCUUCUUGUUUAUUUUGAACAAGAAAAUAACAAGAAUAUUCCGAGGCGUAGACAACGUGAAAUUCGCGGAUGUAGCUAAAAAAGAAAUUGAGCUUUAUAAACAAAGGCAAGAGGGUUUCGUGUUCGAUCGAUUGACUUUUGAGUUAAAUGAAUCUUCGCCAGAAGAAAUUGAGUGGCAAACCAAACGUAACAUGGAAACGUUGCAAGAAGCAAACGCCCAACAUGCUCGCCGAGCGGCUCGGCAAGCGGCUCGCAAACGGCACCGAGCCGAGCUCAUGGUGCCGCAUCUGCAACAGCUUAACUUCGUGCUGUACUGGCCCCACGCGAUACAUGCUCACCCUGAGCUAUAUGAGCGAUGGGAUAUGAAUAAUAUUAUCAUGGUUGGUCGUGAAGAGACUCUCCUGGAUUAUGACACAGCGUUAGAUGUUUUAUACGCGGGUGAUGCACCUAUAAACGAGGCAUCCAUGUAUAUGCUGACAUCUGCUCCAGCUUUGGCAAUCUGUUUCAGAAUUUUGGAUCCUGACAAACAUUUCGUUUCCAUAGUGAGAAACAUUCUGUAUGAAGAUGUAUCACCGUUGGACGACACUAAAACAUUUGACAAGAACAUACAGGAGAGAUCUGCUUUUGAUAUUUACAAGACAUAUAGUCCCACUAAAGAAGAAGUUUGGCAGAAGAGACGAGAAGAAAGGCUAAGAAAAAAGGAAGAAGCUAUAGAGAAGCGUACGAGACGUUUAUCAGAAAUGCAGCGCUUGGCACGUCAAGCGAUUGCUGACGAACUUGAAGCCAGACGAUUUGAUAAGGAACAUCGGAAGUUACAACUUCUUAAAGCUGGAAAUUUAGAAGCCUUAGAAGAAUUACAACAAGAGCCUGAUGACGAAGAAGUUGACAUUGUAGUACCUGAUGAAUUGUCUGAUGAAGAAGAAAGCAGUUUUGAAGAGGAUGAAAAUGAAUAUUUUCCGCCGCCUGGCUUGAUUGUACCUGGCUUUUACGCUCCACCCAAUGACAUAGCUAAAGCCAAUGGCUUAGCUGUUCUAUUUCCAAAGCUAGUUGCAGAGCAUGUAACACCAGAGCCGGAAUAUUUACCGCCCCACGUACUCGUGCUACUCGAUAUUAAUAAGCGACACAAAGCUAUAGAUGCUUUAGUUAAGUAUAGAUCAGCUAUUAUCCACAUGGGUAUAUUUCAAUUGAAAACGCCUUACGAUGCAAAACACUUGGCUUACAGUGUAAAGCAAUUUGAUUCUAUAAAUUCCUGGUAUGAUCUGUAAGUAAAAGUACAAAAUCGUCAGUUUUACUUUGAUGUUAUUUUAUUCAAAUAGUUGUAAUAAAAGUUAGACCAUGU